GUAUAUUUGAUUGAUAAUUCCGCGGUCACACUGUUACUAUUACUUGCAUUUUUACAAAACUUUGUGUUUUUUGGCAAAUUUCACUCAAAAGUAACUUAAAGUUACCUUCUAUAUAGACAUUAUCCUCAAACUUUAAAGCCGUAUUAUGGACCGUUUGCUUCGUCUCGGUGGCGCUAUGCCACAAGCCGCUCCAUCAACAGAUGCCCCUGUCGUGGACACCGCUGAACAGGUCUACAUCUCCUCGCUGGCGCUGUUGAAAAUGCUGAAGCACGGUCGAGCUGGUGUCCCAAUGGAAGUGAUGGGUCUGAUGUUGGGAGAGUUCGUGGAUGACUACACUGUGCAGGUCAUUGAUGUGUUUGCCAUGCCCCAGACUGGCACGGGAGUGUCCGUGGAGGCUGUGGAUCCCGUUUUCCAGGCUAAGAUGCUGGACAUGCUGAAACAGACUGGCCGCCCGGAGAUGGUUGUGGGUUGGUAUCACUCGCAUCCUGGCUUUGGCUGCUGGUUGUCCGGCGUGGACAUCAAUACGCAGCAGUCCUUCGAGGCGCUCUCCGAACGCGCCGUGGCCGUUGUCGUCGAUCCCAUACAGUCCGUAAAGGGCAAAGUGGUCAUUGACGCCUUCCGCCUAAUAAACCCAAAUAUGCUGGUGCUGGGCCAGGAGCCUCGCCAGACCACCUCCAAUCUUGGGCAUUUGCAGAAGCCUUCCGUGCAGGCGCUGAUACACGGACUUAACCGUCACUAUUACUCAAUUAGCAUCAACUAUCGCAAGAACGAGCUGGAACAGAAGAUGCUCUUGAACUUGCACAAAAAGUCCUGGAAGGAUGGUCUGACACUUUCAGACUACAACGAGCAUUGCUCCAUAAAUGAGGACACUGUCGCCGAGAUGCUCGAUCUAGCCAAGAACUACAACAAGUCCCUUGAAGACGAGGAGAAAAUGACUCCGGAACAGCUGGCGAUCAAGAACGUUGGAAAGCAGGAUCCCAAACGGCAUUUGGAGGAGAAGGUUGACAAGGUCAUGCAGAAUAAUAUUGUGCAGUGCCUAGGAGCCAUGCUGGACACCAUAGUCUUUAAAUAAAUGUUCCAUUUCUCGCUCCCCCUCUUCCCCCACCCCAUCCCACUAAG